GGCGGGACUUCCGUGUUGGCGGGAUUCUGAACGCUGCCAUGGCUCAGAGCGUGCAGAACGUUACAUUAUCGCUCACUCUGCCCAUCACAUGCCAUAUUUGCUUGGGGAAGGUGCGCCAGCCUGUCAUAUGUAUCAACAACCAUGUGUUUUGUUCAGUUUGUAUUGAUUUGUGGUUGAAGAAUAAUAGUCAGUGUCCAGCUUGCAGAGUCCCCAUCACUCCUGAAAAUCCUUGCAAGGAGAUUAUUGGAGGAACAAGUGAAAGCGAACCUAUGCUAAGCCAUACAGUCAGGAAGCAUCUUCGGAAAACUAGACUUGAAUUACUCCACAAAGAAUAUGAGGAUGAAAUAGACUGUUUGCAGAAGGAGGUGGAGGAGCUUAAGAGUAAAAAUCUCAGCUUGGAGUCACAGAUAAAGACUAUUCUGGACCCUUUAACAUUGAUUCAGGGCAACCAAAAUGAGGAUAAACAUCCAGUUGCAGAUAAUCCAAAUAAAAUUGACCCCGAAACUGUAGCAGAGUGGAAGAAAAAACUCAGAACAGCUAAUGAAAUAUAUGAAAAAGUGAAAGAUGAUGUGGACAAGUUGAAGGAGGCAAAUAAAAAAUUGAAAUUGGAAAAUGGUGGCCUAGUGAGGGAGAAUUUACGACUGAAGGCUGAAGUUGAUAACAGAUCCCCCCAGAAGUUUGGAAGGUUUACGGUCGCUGCCCUUCAGUCCAAAGUUGAACAAUAUGAACGUGAAACCAAUCGCCUCAAGAAAGCCCUGGAACGAAGUGAUAAGUAUAUAGAGGAACUGGAAUCUCAAGUCACACAACUAAAACGUUCAAAUGAAGAAAAGGAUAUGAUGGAUUCUUUCUGCCAAGGAGUACUUUCUGCAGAUGGCAAGAGGUGCAAGGGUAAUGAGGAGGAUGUGGUGUCAAGUAAUCAAUGUGACAGUGCCAGAAAGCAGCCUGGCUCAUCCACCUUAAGUUCUUCUCACCUGGCCAAGCCCUCCAUCAGCCAACUCUCUGACACCAAUUCUACCAGACAAGAAAGCAGCAGCAAGACAGAACCAAAUUCUAAGAACAAAGAACUAUAUAAAAAACAGGUAGAAAUAAUGUUAGAUGUGACAGAUACAAACAUGGAUACUUACUUGGAAAGAGAGUGGAGUAACAAACCUAGUGACUGUGUACCCUACAAAGAUGAAGAACUUUAUGAUCUUCCAGCUCCUUGUACUCCUUUGUCUCUUAGUUGCCUUCAGCUUAAUACUCCAGAAAAUAGAGAGAGUUCAAUGGUCAAGGCAGGAAGUUCCAGGAAGCACUCAAACCAUCUCAGAAAAUUGAUAUUUGAUGAUUUUUGUGAUUCUCCAAGUGUUUGUAAUAAAGAUUCUUCAGAAGAUGAUGUAAGUAGAAGUGAAAAUGAAAAGAAAUCCGAAUGUUUUAGUUCCCCAAAGACAGGAUUUUGGGAUUGUUGUUCCACAAGCUAUGCUCAGAGUUUGGAAUUUGAAAGAUCAGAGGGGAAUACGAUAGGCAGUUCUGUUGGAGAAACAUCUUCAAAACUGAGUGAGAAAUCAGGCUCUUGUUUAUCCAAGAAAUUAAAUUCUAUUCGCUCUUUCGAAAUGAACCGGACACGGACAUCCAGUGAAGCAUCAAUGGAUGCUGCUUACCUUGACAAAAUUUCUGAGUUGGAUUCAAUGAUGUCAGAAUCUGACAACAGUAAGAGCCCUUGUAAUAACGGUUUUAAGUCAGCGGAUUUGGAUGGGCUGUCAAAGUCAUCUCAGGACAGUGAAUUUCUGGAGGAACCUGAGAAGUUGGAAGAGAGAACUAAGCUAAACCUUUCCAAAGGUUCUCUGAGUACUGAUCAGUUAGCAAAUGGAAAUGAAUGGAAACCUGCUUCUUUUUUCCUCCUUUCUCCAUCUGACCAAGAAAUGAAUGAAGAUUUUUCACUCCAUUCCACUUCUAAUCCAGGAACUAAUGAAAUUAAACCACCCAAUUGUUUGUUUCAGACAGAGUUUUCCCAGGGAGUUUUGUUAAACAGCUCACAUCGACUGUUUGAUGAUCAAAGGUUUGGAUCAUCUUUGUUUAAAAUGUCCUCGGAGAUGCAUAGUCUUGGUAACCACCUCCAGUCACCUUGGUCUACUUCCUUUGUGCCUGAAAAAAGGAAUAAAAACGUGAAUCAAUCAACAAAAAGAAAAAUCCAGAGCAGCCUUUCCAAUGCCAGCCCAUCUAAAGCAACCAAAAGUUGACUCAUUAGAAAGUUGUCCUUUGUGAUUAUUGUCCUGAGAGGGAUAUUAACUUUUUUUAACAUUAUUUUCCCCUUAAAGGAGCUCUUUAUAUUUUGAAUUCUCUUAAGUCAGAAUGGUGAAUUAAUCCCAUAUCCAGAAUACUUUGGUUCAUUUUGAAAAGACUGAUGUUUUUAUAAAUUAGUGAUCUUAAGAAAAAUUGAGAAUUUUUUUUUAAUGAACAUUAAGCUUACCUCGGUUGGAUUUAUUUUGUUUUAAAAGACACAGAGGCUUGUUAAAGAGCUUAAGUUGUCUUCAGAACAUGGAUUUCUUAAAUAAGUUUAGUAUUGUCUCCACACUGCUCAUAAGGAUAAUUGAGUUUUCCUAUUGCAGAAAUUAUUUUAUCUGACUCUUUUUAUUUAUGUUUAGUGUUGCCCCAAAUUUUAUGAAAGACCAUGAUGGAAAAAAAUAGCACUCUAACCUUAAUUAAUUCAAUAUAUUCUUUUACUGUUUUUAAGGUUUCAUGUAUAUGUUUGCAUUUUUUUUAAAACUUCUGCUUUGUAUAGUUGUUGUGAAAGCCUUCUGUUAGUCCGAAGGAAUACGUUUUAAUAUGAAAAUGCCCUUUGUGUCAGCCUGUACUUGCUCAUCUUUUUAUGUGUAUGUAAACUUAGAAGUAGAGCAUACUGUGGAGAAGACAUGGAGCUGCUGGGUUUGGAGGAGCUUAAAAUCGGCUUCUGCUGCAGGUAUCCCUGUAUAAAGCACUCACUGCAAUUGUGAGUCCACUCACAUCGUGUGUGUGUGUGUGCGCGAGCAUGUGUCUGUGUGUGCGUGUGUGUGCAUGUGUCUCCGU